AUGGACUAUAACGCAGUUUUGGAUUUUGGAGAGAACCCUGUCACAGAUGUGGACACAAAACUCAAGAUCCUAAAGUUUGAUUAUUCAUGGGUUGAUGCUGUAGAAGAGGAAGAAAGGCGUAUAGAGGAGGAACAAAAGCAGAAAAAAGAGAUGAAGAAAAAGUUGGAGAAAGAAAUUGCAGAAGUGAAGAAAAAUAACAACACAAAUGACAACAGAUUUACAACACUUUUAGACUUUGGAGAUGAGGCGGUUAAAAACUGGAGUGGUGAAUGCACCAAACAAAAAGAUCCCAGGGAUACAAAAAAGGCAUUUUAUCUAAAACCAUUUGGAGAUAAGAAGAAAGUCCUUGUUCCAGAAACCCCAAAGGAUGUGAAGAAAAUUAGUUUUAUAUUUGAGGAGUCAGCAAAGGAUGAAAAAAUAGCAAUAUCACUUGCAGAUACUGAGAAGUCAGUAGUGUGUAAAGCAAAAGUGUCUAAAAAAUCAGAAGCAUUUGUCAAACCAGCAGUUCAGCUAAAAGCAUGUGACAAUCAAGAAGUCCGGGGUAAGGAGGAUGAGGAUAAAGUGGAUGACAAAAAAGACGGAGAGUAUAAAGUCAUUGAAGAGCCAGAUGGAAAGGCUAAAGUGGCUGAGGAACCAUAUGAAAAGGACAUAGUUGUCAAGGAACCAAAUGGAAAGGAUAUAGUUGUCAAGGAACCAAAUGAAAAGGACAUAGUUGUCAAGGAACCAAAUGAAAAGGAUAUUGUUGUCAAUGAACCGAAUGAAAAGGAUAUUGUUGUUGAAGAACCAAAUGGAAAGGAUAUAAUUAUCAAGGAACAAAAUGAAAAGGAUAUAAUUGUCAAGGAAACAAAUGAAAAGGACAUAGUUGUUGAGGAACCAAAUGAAAAGGACAUAGUUGUCAAGGAACCAAAUGAAAAGGAUAAAGUUGUUGAAGAAACGAAUGGAAAGGAUAUAGUUGUCUUGGGACCAAAUGAAAAGGGUAUAGUUGUUGUAGAAGCGAAUGGAAAGGAUAUAAUUUUCAAGGAACGAAAUGAAAAGGAUAUAAUUGUCAAGGAAACAAAUGAAAAGGACAAAGUUGUUGAGAAACCAAAUGAAAAAGAUAUAGUUGUCGAGGAACCAGAUGAAAAGGAUAAAAAUGUUGAAGAACCAAAUGGAAAGGACACAGUUGUUGAGGAACUGAAUGAAAACAAUAUAGUUGUCAAGGAACCACUUGAAAAAAAUGUAGUUGUCGAGGAACCAAAUGAAAAGGAUAAAGUUGUUGAAGAACUGAAUGGAAAGGACAUAGUUGUCGAGGAACCAAAUGAAAAGGAUAUAGUUGUUGAGGAACAAAAUGAAAAGGAUAUAGUUAUCAAGGAACCAAAUGAAAAGGAUAAAGUUGUUGAGGAACCAAAUGAAAAGGAUAUAGGAGUUGAGGAACCAAAUGAAAACAAUAUAGUUGUUGAGGAACCAAAUGGAAAGGAUAAAGUUGUUGAGAAACCAGAUGAAAAGGAUAUAGUUGCCAAUGAACCGAAUGGAAAGGACAUAUGUGUUGCGGAAUCAAAUGGAAAGGACAUAGCUGUUGAGGAACCAAAUGAAAAUAAUAUAGUUGUCGAGGAACCAAAUGAAAACAAUAUAGUUGUCGAGGAACUGAAUGGAAAGGACAUAAAUGUCAAGGAACCAAAUGAAAAGGAUAUAGUUGUUGAGGAACAAGAUGAAAAGGAUAAAGUUGUUGAGGAACCAAAUGAAAAGGAUAUAGGUGUUGAGAAACCAUAUGAAAAGGAUAAAGUUGCUGAGGAACCAAAUGAAAAGGAUAUAGGUGUUGAGAAACCAAAAGAAAAGGAUAUAGUUAUCAAGGAACCAAAUGAAAAGGAUAAAGCUGUUGAAGAACUGAAUGGAAAGGACAUAGUUGUCAAGGAACCAAAUGAAAAGGAUAUAGUUGUCGAGGAACAAGAUGAAAAGCAAAUAAUUGUUGAGGAACCAAAUGAAAGGGAUACAAUUUUCCAGGAGCCAAAUAAAAAGGAUGAAGUUUUUGAGGAACCAAAUGAAAAUAAUAUAGUUGUCAAGGAACCAAAUGAAAAUAAUAUAGUUGUCAAGGAACCAAAAGAAAAGGACAUAAUUGUCAAGGAACCGAAUGAAAAGGAUACAGUUGUUGAAGAACCAAAUGAAAAGGAUAUACUAGUAGUUGUUGAGGAGCCCAAUGGGAAGAAUGUUAUUGUCAAGGAACCAAAUGAAAAUGAUACAGUUGUUGAGGAACUAAAUGGAGCGGAUAUAGCAGAUACAACAGAACUAGAAAUCAAGGAUCAGAAGAUAAUACUUGAGAUUUUGAAUAAGGAUGAUUAUUUUUACGAUGAUGAUGACGAUGAUGAUGAAGGCCUGUUUGGCCCAAGAAAGCUAUUCUUCUUUGGCAUAGAUUAUUUUAAGGAUUCUGGAAAAACUGUCCAGUGAAGAGAAGCAUGAGAGAAGAUAAAACAGUAUUAAACUAUAACUUUGUUUUAAAGAAACAAC